GAACGUCCGGAUAUGCCAGACCAAAUUGCCAAGAUGGCGUCCAACGGGGACAGCUCCAAGAUUGAAGACCUCGAAAAGCUCAGAACGGCCGGAGGGCACAUUGACAGCAGAGGACAGCCGUCUCUGCCUAUUGUCCACCGACGCCUAGCCAAUCCCUCGCCACUAGGGCUUCUCUCUUUCGCAACGGGUAUCUUCCUGAUCUCCAUCUUUGGGGUUCAGGCGCGAGGACUCACGACACCCAAUCUCUUGAUCAGUGUUUUGAUCUUCUUCGGCGGCGUCUGCCAAUUCAUCGCAGGCAUUGCGGAAAUUGUUGCCGGAAACACGUUCGGGGCCACUGUCUUCCCCUCUUAUGGCGCGUUUAACCUCUCGUACGCCAUGAUCUAUCUUCCUGGCUCUGGUAUCAUGGCCGCCUACACCGACAGCACAACAGGGGCCAUCAGUCCGGAAUUCAACCAGGCGCUCGCCAUGUACGUAUGGGCGUGGUUCAUCCUCACGGUAAUCUUCACCAUUGCGGCAAUGCGCAGCUCUUGGAUCCUGUUUCUCGACUUAUUCUUCCUGGACAUCAUGUUGAUCCUGCUGGCGGCCGGGUUCAUGGUGAACAGCCAGACAGUGCUUACUGCUGCGUACUCGUUUGGAUUCAUUGUCGCCUUCCUGAGCUAUUGGGCAGGGUGUGCUGGCCUGUGGGCGGAUGGCAUUACCCCGAUCGACCUCCCGACAUUCGCCAUGUACAAGGAGGACUAA